AUGACUCCUCCCUCCGCACCCCCAGCGGCAACAAUACAGUCGGAAAUCGGGCUGAAGCCGAUGCGGGAUUUGAUGAGAGCACUGAAGGAUAAAAGUCGGGGUCCUGCGCAUGGUGUGCUCGCCAAGGCUUUUCAGGACUUCUUCGUCGCUCGAGCGGACACUCCCGGUGUGAUCACGGGCUUCCAGGCGCGUCUGUUAGUCGUGACGUGGAAACAUUUGCGGGCUCAGGAAGAAGAGCUGGAACCGGAGGAUUGGCAGCGGAUCUUUUCGACCGAAAACCUGGAGAACGUGCUCUACGUUCUGUCGGAAGCCAAGUGUCUGCCGGAGUCCCGCGAGGUGGUGCAGAAAGUCGCCCGUUAUGCGUUUCUGGAGCUCUGUGCGGAUCAUGGAUUCGGUCCGAACCAUAUCGGUCGCCAGGCGCUUUUGGCCUACAUCAAUAUCCAAGCGCUCAAUGGGAAUCCCGAGGAGGCAAGACAUGUUGUUGAGAAGUUCUGGAAUCGGCUGCAGAAGACUAGCCCCUCCCCGUGGCUCACCGUGAUGAAGGGAUUUGCCCUGAACAAUGACCGGCGGCAGCUUCGUCGGACUACCGAGAGACUGGAGGAUCACGGCAUUCAAUUUGACUCUGCUUCUCAUGAAGAACUGGUCAACAUCCUCAUCGGCCAAGAUCUGUUGCAAGCCGUCCAGACUAUCUAUGAAUGCCCACUGUCAAAAGGCCAACAACCGGCACUUGCUACGAAGGAGGCUGUCAUCAAAUACGCGAUCCUAAAGUCUGAGACUGCCUGGGCCGAACCUAUCUUCGAGUCCCUCGCGCAGGUCCCCGUUACAGAAACCCUGGAGAUUGUGCUGCUCUGGCAAGCUGCUCACGGAGCAGAUGCAUCUGCUAUCUCCGAAAAGGUCCAGGAAUUGACAGCCAAGGACCCGGAAGCGAAGGCGUCUCUCACUAUCGCGUGUGUGAACAGCCUGAUCGAGUACGCCAACUGCAUCAAAGACCCCGAACUCGCCGCAAACUUUGCGUCGCUGGCUUCCGAGUGGGGAUUCGAGCCCGAUAUGCGGACCCAUCAACUGCGACUUGAAUCAUACAUCCAGGCGGGAGACGUCGAGCAGACACUUCAAGGCGUGGAAGAGCUUUACGAUGUCAACAUCAUGGCCUUUGAGAACUUGCCCCUUAUGAACAAGCUUAUUACGAUGCUCUGCCUGUCCGGACAGGACGAUGCCAUCUUUGACCGGGUUUCCUCCUUCCUCGACCCCGUGUUCGAAAACAAUGUGCGUCUUGAGGCAGAGACUGUAGCGGCACUGACACACAUGCUUCUCUACCGACACGAUUGGGAAGGGGUCUCCGAGCUCCUCCGGCCGCGCCUUGCGUCGUACGACGAUGAGGAGCGUACAAAGAUCCGGAACGCCCUCACGGGGUUCAUCACCGACCGCACCCAGGACAGCGGAGACGCCUGGGAGGCGUAUGGGCUUCUGCAACUGGCGUUCCCUGAAACCGGCGUCAGCAUGCGCACGGAGAUCAUGACCUCAUUCUUCAAGCGGGACCGCAGUGACCUGGCGUUCCUGGUGUUCGGCCACAUGCGCCAAGCGGAGGACUUUGCGCGACGGCCGAAGCCAGAUACCUACGCGCGUUGUUUCCAGGGCCUCGCGCGCACGCAAGACGCGAAAAACGUCGAAACGGUCCACAACAUGCUCAAGCUGGACACGGAGGUGGACCUCAACACGCGGCUGCUGAACGGGCUCAUGCUGGCGUACGCCGUCUGCGACAUGCCGGAGAAGAGCAUGGAGAUCUUCCGCGAGAUCCUGCAGUCCGAGGAGGGCCCCUCGCACAAGACGAUUGCGAUCUUCUUCAAGCUGUGCGAGAAGCACCAUAACGGCGUGCAAGAGGCCAUGAAGAUGAUGAGCAAGGUGAAGCUGCUGGAGAUCAACGUCGACCGCCGGUUGUACAUGGCGUAUGUGGAGGCCCUUGCGGCGCAGUGUGAGUUCGAUCUGGCCACCGAGGCUCUGGACCAGAUGCACAGCGAGAUUGGCCUCAUGCCCACGAGGAAUUCGAUCGGUCUUCUCUACAACGCGAUACCCUAUCAAUACUGGAAAGACGAAGUCGAAAAGUGGGCCAAGGCCAAGUAUCCCGAGCUGUGGACGCAGCUGGAAGAGAUCGAGCGCACCGAGUACGAAGAAGGACAAAAGUUCAACCUCAACGUGCCAGAUAUUACCAUCUAA